CCUAACGAGCUCGGCCGACAUCAACGACUUCACUUCCUGGAGUUCCUAUAUUGACGCAACCAGCGCAGUAACACAAUGCUAUCUCGUCUGCGCUACAGCGGUCGACUUGUCCAGACGGGAGCUACUCCCAAAAUCACAAACGUUCGACACCGACCGCAAUGGCAAGCAUGCAGACCAUUCACCUCAACUCCGCGAUCGGAGAUUAUGGUGACCGAGAUGAAAGACGAGGAUCUUGCAGCCUUGCGGGUCGAUGCCGAAAGACUGAUGCACGACCUUCAUUCAACAAGUGAAUGGGGGAAGGGAGAGAGAUGGGGAGAUGGCCCGACCGAAAUCGGUAUGCGACGACUGGCCCUUACCGAUUCAGACAAAGAAGCCCGCGACUGGUUUGCGAGUACCACCAAAGCCCUUGGCUGCAAAGUCCACACAGACGCUAUGGGAAACCAAUUCGCCAUUCGUCCCGGACUAAACAACGAUACUCCUCCAACGUAUGCUGGCUCACAUCUCGAUACGCAACCAUCUGGCGGUCGAUAUGAUGGCAUCCUGGGCGUCACGGCGGGCGUUGAAAUGCUCCGUACCCUCAACGACAAUUGGAUCGAGACUUCUUACCCCGUGGGCGUUAUCAACUGGACCAACGAGGAAGGAGCUCGGUUUCCCAUGAGCAUGGUCAGCUCCGGCGUGUGGUCUGGAGACAUUCCCCUGGAGAAGGCUCAUACUCUCAAAUCCGUCAUUCCCGCCAAUGACACCGCUACCAUGAAGUCGGAACUUGAGCGGAUAGGGUAUCUAGGCGAUGUGGAGGCGAGCUACAAGGCCACCCCGAUGGCUGCUCAUUUCGAGCUCCAUAUCGAACAGGGCCCGAUACUCGAAGCGGAAGGCCGGAGAAUCGGUGUCGUGGAAGGCGUGCAGGCUUACAAGUGGUUCACCGUCACCGUGCAUGGACAAGAAAGCCAUACCGGAGCGACCAGCUUCCAGCACCGUGCAGAUGCCUUACUGACCGCGAGUAAGAUGAUACUGGCCAGCCACAAGAUUGCGAGACGGUACAAGGCCCUGGCAAGCACCGGCAUUUUGACUCUCCGGCCAGGAUCUACCAACACUGUGCCGGGCUUCGUACAGUUCUCGCUUGAUAUCAGAUCUCCCCUGGACGAGACCGUCGCCACAGUAGAAGCCGAAUGCAUCUCGGCCUUCACCUCCAUCGCCAGCGGUGGCGAUGCCGAGGGCAUGAACGCCGAAUGCGCGCCAUCAAGCAGACAUUGCAAGGUAGAGUGGCGCACCGAUUUUGUGUCGCCCGCCACCCACUUCCACGACGAUUGCAUCGCCUGUGUCCAGCAGGCUGGGCAUGAUCUCUGCUCUUCUACGCCCACCUCCGACCUCGCUACAGAAGUGCAGGGCAAGGAUAUUGGGGCUUGGGGCAAGUUCAUGACCUCUGGUGCUGGACACGACUCCGUCUAUGCCAACAAACGUUUCCCCGCGAGCAUGAUCUUCGUGCCUUGUAGGGAUGGAGUGAGCCACAAUCCUCGAGAGUACAGCACGCCUGAUCAGUGUGCGGAUGGUGCUAAUGUGCUCAUGGGGGCUGUGCUGAGGUAUGAUAGAUUGAGGGCUCAGCGAGAAGAGGUUGGAAAGCAGGGACUGCGGUACGGCAAACUAUGAGCGUUCGCGUCUGAUAGCCUUGUCAGACAUCCACCAAUGCUUAGCAAAACGAGAGGUUUCAAUACUACGUUGACACGGUGAUGC